AUGGGAGGGUGGGGGACGCAGUCGGUUUAUAGGUUGUAGAAGACACAUUGCGCUUGUGGGGGAGGAUGGAGGGGCAGAUUUUUUUCUAGUCUUGUAUUUGUGCUUGGAGGCAUGGUUCUGAUAAUGGCGGCAGCCCCGGACUCGACUACACCAUCAUUCGAGAGGGCAUCUUCCUCGAUGCUUUCUCAAGGCUCCUAGUCUGGAAGGCAGAUCCUAGAGCCGUGAAUGUCCUAUCCAACGGGCCAAUCCACUUCAACCCUAGAAAAAGUAUAGGAGAAGAAUCAGCAAGGGUCCUCCUAGCGGGCUCGCGCAGGAAGUCUAUUGCCCCGUUUCCCGGUCCGCGUACAACCACUUUCGGCCACAUGGUAGAGGUCAAAAACGAGGUCAUGGGGCCCAAAGCCGAGCCCAUAACCGCGGGCUUUGAGCCAUACGUCGAGGGCCCCGCGGGCAACGGAAAAAAACAGGGGGUUUUCGAGGUGGAAGAGUAG